UUUGCUCCAGUUUAAAAUUCAGCAUCAAUUUAACAUUGUCGGUCAUCUUUCUGCAUUAACCCUAAUUUUUCAAACGCCAGGCUUCGUUUGAAUGAACUUCAAUUUUAUUGGACGAAACAUAUUUUUUACCAAUGAGCAUUUUUUUAAAUACCCCUUCAUAACGUCCUUAUAAUGCUGACGAACAACCCCAAAUCAUUCUAAAAAUAUUUGAGUAACAAUUAUAAAUGUAUAUAUUAUCAACGACUCCAGUAUCGAUCAGCGCAAAGGAAUAAAAUCAUCCACAAAUAGAAAAGCAAAUGCCUUAUCAUAAUACUGCAGAAUACUACGCAAACUCGUGUGACAACAGCAACAGCAGUAGUAUAAACUAGUAGUUGGACUCUAGAAUUUGGCUUUUAAAGCCGAUGUGAAACCUCUAUUAAGAGGUUUCAAAGUCACUUUGUUAGACUUAGAUCAAAAUUAUUAAGAAAAUUUUGUAUUAAAAAUCAUUAAACACCUAUAAAUCAUCAACAUGAGUGAAGAUUUAAAUUAUUAUAUCAUGUUUCCUUCAUUCACAUCGUCAACUGCUACCCCCAAGGGACAGGAAACGACUGUUGGAAGUGUUGAAAAUCCAAAAGAUGAAUUUGUGUUUGUCUACGAAGAUGCUGAACGUCCUGUCGUGGUGCUUUUAGGAUGGGCUGGAUGUCAAGAUAAAUAUUUAGCUAAAUACAGUGCUAUUUACGAAGAAAAAAGUUUCAUUACAUUGAGGUACAUUGCACCAGUGGAAUGUCUAUUUUGGAGAAGAGACAAACUUCCUCUUAUUGGAAGAAGAUUACUGCAAGUAAUAUCAGAUAAGAAUCUCAAUCAACACCCGAUCUUUUUUCACAUUUUCAGCAAUGGUGGUGCUCUUCUCUAUCAACACAUCAGUCUUGCGAUGGAACAGAUGAAGUGUGAUAUAAAAGUAAAAGGUGUUAUUUUUGAUAGUGCACCCGGUGAAAGAAGAGUAACAUCAUUGUAUAAAGCUAUUAGUGCUAUCGUUGGUGGUCAUCCAGUUGCUAAUGUUCCUGUUUCUUUUUUUAUUACAAUUUUUUUGUCUCUACUGUGGUUGUAUGAGAUUAUUGCUCAUGCUUGGGGAAAACCGCAUUUGAUUCCAACAAAUCCUAUUUCAUUAUCAGAAGAACCUCACUCCUGGCCACAGCUCUUUCUCUACUCGAAUGUCGAUACGUUGAUACCUGCAGUGGACGUUGAAAGAUUCGCUAGUCGCAGAGCAGAGCGAGGAGUCCAAGUCCAGUUGGUUCUCUUCAUGGAUUCCCCACAUGUUAAACAUUACGUAGUUUAUCGUGAUGUUUAUGUUAACAUUGUCUCCAAGUUUAUCAAUAGUUGCUUGACAACUAAACCAGGUAUGCUAUUCAAGUCUUCCUCAAGCAUGGAAGAUGAUGAUUUUCGAUCAGCUUUUAAGGAAUCAUCGUCAAAACUUACUAAACGAAUAGUAUUACCUCACGAAGCGUCAAGUAAAUUAUUUUUAAGUGAAUAAUAAGGGCAAAAAAAGGUUUUUGAAAUUAAUGUUUCAAUUUUUGUCCAGUCAACUUCAAUUUAAAAUUGGUAAAAAAAGUAAUUGUUGAUAAAGUUAUUGUUGAUAAAACAACUGGAUAAAUUGAUAAAUAUUGUAACAAUGAAUUUAUCCAACUUUCAUUUAAUUUAUGAGUGGUGUUCUCAUCAAGCUGGUCUUGAGUAAUAUGUACUUAAUUUAUUUAUUUAAUUAUUUUAUUUAUUAAAUAAUUUGUUUUAGAAAUGUAAAGACUGAGAUAUUUGUA